AUGAACUGUUCAUUCAACCUCUUGAUAGGAGCCCUUUUGGGGGUUGGAAUACACCGUUGGCUGUUUAUUCAUGGUGAAUGGCAUAUUCAGGCCCCCAAUAUCCUUGUGUUGCAUCUUAUUUGCUUCUUUUCUUUAGCAAUCUCAGUCAAUAACGCAUGGCAAAGCAUCACGGGUUACCUGCUAGCUCUCUUCUCUAGUAUUACUAUCUACCGACUCUACUUCCACCGUCUGUCUCACUUCCCUGGUCCAUUUUGGGCCCGAGUCACUAAGCUUUGGCACAUGUGGAAAUGCCGAUCUCGUCGCAAUCACUUCCUUCUAGCAGAUCUGCACAGACGCUAUGGGAGCGAUUUCAUACGGACUGGCCCUAGCGAGAUCACGGUCUUUCACCCUGAUGUUUUCAUGGCUAUUGACGGCCCAAAUAGCAAAUGCAUCAAGUCAGAGUGGUAUGACUUACUGCAUCCGAACAAAGCCCUGGUGACUGCUCGCGACAAAGAGACGCAUGGAAGUCGACGUCGGCAGUGGAACCGAGGAUUUAACUCCAAGGCACUGAACCAUUAUCAGGAGCGAGUAUUGCCCAUUAUUGACCAACUAGACUAUUGCAUCCAGUCGGACAUUGCUGCGGAACGAGUGUCUGAGGUCACCGACCUCUUCUAUUGGCUAGGGUUCGAUCGCAUGGGGGACUUUAUCUUUUACGAAACAUUUGAGAUGCUUUCUGAUAGACGAUGGAACCAUGUUAUCAUUCUUUUGCAACGGGCCCUAUCGGUCCUCGGACCCUUGAGCCCUGUGCCCUGGUUGGUCCAUAUUGCGUUCAAACUCCUUCCCCGAGUCUGGAUCUUGAAAGAUUGGUUUGACAUGGUCGCCUGGUGUGAAAGUCGAUUACGGAAACGGAGGCUGAUUCACGUAGAUCCAUCCGAGACCCCGGAUGUCGCCCACUACCUUCUCCAGGAUGCCCAGGAAAGCACGGGCCAAGAAGAAUGGUUAACGGGAGACAGCAUCCUUGCCAUUGUGGCGGGCAGUGAGCCCACAGCCGUCGCCUUGAUCGCCUUAUUUUAUGAGCUCGGCAAAAAUCCAUCCCAUGCAGACAUCAUUCAUAGCGAGGUCAAACAGGUCGGUAUCCGUGACGGCCGGGAGAUAUUGUGCCAAUGUCCGCACCUAGAGUCUGCCAUUCUAGAAACACUAAGACUUUAUCCUGCUCUGCCUACUGGGGGUUACCGCAAGACACUGCAGGAGGGGAUCACCAUCGGAGGUACAUACAUUCCUCCUGAGACCACUAUUGUGGCUCCACGGUUCUCGAUCUCGCGCCGAGAGGACUGUUUCGAGCAAGCCGAGAAAUUCAUCCCCGAGCGAUGGACCACACGCCCAGAAAUGGUACGCAAUCGAGCCGCCUACACGCCGUUUGGAACUGGUCACCACAGCUGUCUCGGACGAGCAGUUGCUAUGAAUGACAUGAUGCUCAUUGCAGCGCGGUUGUUGCGCCAAUACAGUGUUCGGUUCCCUCCUGGUGAGACGGGAGACGCGGUGUGGAAUGACUGGAAAGACCAGUUCACGUCAAACCCGGGACGACUGCGAUUGAUAUUCGAGUCACGCAAGGACUAA